AGGGCAGGGGCUGUGCCUCCCAACCUCCCUUCGGCUGGGUCACACGCCGCAUUCCCAGCCCUCGCUGUGGCGCAGGGAGGAUGUGCUGCCCCACAUCCCGGGCACGCCACGAGCAGGGGUCAGGCACAGGCUUGGCCUCUGGACUGGUCAGUGGCGUGAGCCCCAGGCUUGCCCGGACAGCAGAUGGCCAUGGGGACAGGCAGGCUGCAGCUGGCCGUGCUCCCCGGGCUCAUCCUGCUGUCCUUGUCCCCGGCAGAGCRGUGCAGCGGGGCCGGCUGGGUGUUCAUGGAGCCGCAGCUCCGAGCUAGGGCUGGGGACUCCGUGCUGCUGCAGUGCCUCUUCCUCGACUCSGACAGCAAGGGCUGGACCCUGCUCAAGGUGGACUGGCUGCACAGGGCAGGAGCUGGCACUCAGGAGGAGAUGGUGUUUUUUUACUACAGCAACCACGGCGUGCCCGUGGGCCGCUUCAAGAACCGGGUGCAGUGGCGGGGGAACAUSUCCCGCUCGGACGGCUCCAUCCGCCUGCGGGACGUGCGUGUCAACGACAGCGGCACCUACGAGUGCGAGCUGAGGCUGCUGCAGAACAGCAGCAUCUUCAAGAGCCAGACGGAGCUGCGCGUCAGCCCCGCGGUGCUCAGAGAAGGAGGAGCAGAGGGUGCUGAGGAUGUCGCGCCCCCGAGGGAUUCGGGGUUCUGGCCGGCCGUGGUGGGCUGCGGCUGCGUGGCCGUGGUGGUGGCGUUCCUGGCCGGGCUCUGCGUGAGGAAGAGGUUUUCCACCACCUCAGCCCUGGAGAGGAUGGGGAAGAGCAGCAACAAGAACAAGGCAGAGGAAGCAAUUUACUCCUCAAUCCCCGGAGCUGAGGUACCCAAGGCUGAGCAGGAAGCGAAGAAGAAGAGGAGAGCAGAGGACACGUACAUAACCAUGCACCCCUCUCACUGCCAGGACAACAAYGGUGUCUAUGUGGAGCUGGCCAAGAGGGCGAUCCCGUCGGAAUGGAUGGCACAGGGGACACGGGGGGAUGGACAGAGCCAGGAGCCCCACAGCAGGCCGGAGGAGGCAUGUCCCUGGGCGCCAGAGAGGGGGAAAUAGCUGGGCUGUGGGAUGGCAGCCCCUUAUCCAUGGUGUCCAAUACACCUUUAUCCAUUUGAGAACUGAGAACUGGUGAAACUGGUGAGAACUGGUGAACUCUGUGCCCCGUGCCAGGGCACUGCUGGGGCACAGCCCACSCCAGCUGUCUGCAGGGGACCAGGGGAGACCUGGCUCUUGUGCCCUGGCCUCUGGAGAGAGCACAGCGGGCACAGCCUCAGCUCCAGCUUUGAUCCUGGCCCAGGGUAAGGAUCUCCAAGGGGGGGAGAUGCAGUGGGAAUUGUCACAGUUUUUUUU